AUGUCCGGCGAGCGGGACGAUGAGGAAGCGGCGUUGGUGGCGUCGGCCGAGCCGCCACAGACGUCGGUGUCCUCCGGCGUCGCGUCCAUCAUGGUCGGCCUCGUCUUCCUUGCGCUAUUGAUUGGCUUCAGCAGAUGGAUCAACCUCGACGACAAUUCGUUUAUCCUCGGCAACAUAAGCAGCAUCAGCACUGGACGACCUCUUAACCACAGCCUCUCCAACUAUACAACUCCGUUCACCUGCAGCAACGGCACAUCAACGACAUGCCCCGCAACAGCAGCACCGCAGCCAUGGCGUUGGCCUGCCGCUACCAGUACCACGCCGUCGUGCCCGGACUACUUCCGGUACAUCCACGACGACCUGCAGCCCUGGCGCGGCGCCGGGAUCACACGCGACGCCAUGGAGCGCGCUCGCAAGUACGCCUACUUCCGGCUGGUUGUGGUGGGCGGCCGCGCGUACGUGGAGACGUACCAGGUCGCCUUCCAGAUGCGAGACGUCUUCACGCAGUGGGGCAUCCUGCAGCUGAUGCGCCGCUACCCCGGCCGCGUCCCCGACCUCGACAUCAUGUUCGCCUGCGAUGACCCGGGCCAAGUGCGCGCCGCCGAGUUCGCGACGCCGUCCGACGCGCCGCCGGUGUUCCGCUAUUGCAAGGACAAGUCGACGCUGGACAUCGUGUUCCCGGACUGGUCCUUCUGGGGCUGGCCGGAGGUGGGCAUCCGGCCGUGGACGCCGAUGCUGGCAGAGAUUGAGCGCGAGAACAAACGUGUGUCAUGGCCACAGAGGGAGCCGUUCGCGUUCUGGAAGGGCAACCCCGACAGAUACCGCAUACGCCACGACAUGAUGAAAUGCAAUGUCUCCAACGGCAAGGAAUGGAACGCCCGCCUCUUCAACCAGGACUGGGGGAAAGCGAGACAAAACGGUCUCAAAGAUUCCAGCAUUCCCAAGCAAUGCUUAUACAGGUACAAGAUAUAUAUCGAGGGGAAUGCAUGGUCAGUAAGCGAGAAGUACAUCCUAGCGUGCGACUCCCCGGUGUUGUUCGUGGUGACGCCCUUCCAGGACAUCAUGUCGAGAGGUCUCGUCGCCGGCAAGCACUACUGGCCCAUUGACCGGAACCGCAUAUGCGAGUCCAUCAAGUUCGCUGUCGACUGGGGCAACCACCACCCUGUCGAGGCGCAGCUCAUCGGCGAGCAAGGCAGCCGGUUCGCCAGAGAGGAGAUGAGCAUGGACUACAUCUACGACUACAUGCUGCACCUGCUCACCGAGUACGCCAAGCUGCUCCGGUACAAGCCCACCAUCCCGGAGAAAGCCGUCGAGAUCUGCACCCACUCCCUGGCAUGCCCUGCCGACGACCAGCACCGGCCCUGCAUGAUGGAUUCCAUGGAGAGGCGAGCCGCCGACUCUGAUCCGUGCACGCUGCCGCCACCCUUCACCACGGCUCAGGCAAAGGAGAUGGCUGACAAAGAGGAGGAGUUGCUGAGAAACAUUCAGAAGAUGGAGAAGGCGCAUGCUGCUCGGCCUUGACGAGCAAAUUUACAAAACUUGGUGAAUAAUAUAAAGGGAGAAGCAAAUCCAACUUAUUUCUCAUAACUAGAUGAUCC